AUGCAAGGGCAAAAUAAUACUAAUGACAAUGAAAAUGACAAAAUACAACAUGUAUCAUCACCAUAUAACUUUUCUUAUAGUUUAAACAUUAUAACACUGAAUGUAGGUCUAUUUCCAUGGGCAGCAAGCAAUUAUCUAGAGCAUAAUCGUCAAGUCAUUGAACAUUAUUGGUAUAAUGUUCUUGAUAAUAAACAUAUUUGUUUAAAUUGGUUACCAUUCAAUGUAUGGGAUGGAGGAUAUAAUACAAUUCCACAAGAUUAUUUUGAUGUUUAUAUUUACGAUACAUUGUAUAUGAAUUAUUAUAUAUCACAAGGAUGGUUAAGUAGUCUUGAUCGAGAUGAGAUAACUUAUGCUCAUGAAAUUAAUUCUAAUAUAUUAUCUAUGAUUGAAUCUGACAAUAGAAAGUAUUAUGGUAUACCAAUCUAUGGAUGUUUUUAUCUACUUAUUUAUCAUUCGAAAGAUAAAGAACUAGCAUCUAUAAAAACCUUUGAAGAUUUAGUAGAAAUAGCAUCAAAACGACAUUUUCUAAUGAGAAAACUUGAUGGAGAACUAAAAAUGUCAAAUUAUUUAACAUUAGUCGGUUCAGAUUAUCAUAUAAAUCAUAUAACUGAAGAAAAUAUUAAUAUAAAUGUAAUUAAUCAGUUAAGUCAUUUUUAUAAACAUGCAAAAUUAGUACUUAAUGAGACGGAUCGUCAUUCAUUUAAACACUCAUCAUUUUAUAUUGGCUAUGCUGAAGAUAUAAAUACAGUCUUAUCAGUCGAUGAAAAUGAUUUAUCACAAAUUGAAUUUAUGCCUGUUCCAUUUAAUAAUUAUGAUCGACCACAAUUUUGGUUAGAUUGUAUUGGUAUACAUCCUCAGGCAAAAUCACGUGGUUUAUAUGAAAAGAGUCUUCAAUUAGCUAAUUUAAUGUCAUGUUCAACUGUUUUAAAUGAAUAUCUACAAGAACAGUUUUAUGUUAUUACAACUAAUCAUAUAACAUUAUCACAUUUAUCAACGAAGAAUGCAAUCUAUGCUAAAUUACAAAUUCUUAUGGAAAGUAAUUCAUUUCGUCCAUCAUCAUUGCCUUUUGCUAUUAAUUCUUCUCUUUCUGUAAAAGAACAACGUAUGCAAGCAAUCGCACUUAUUAUUGCACAGCAUCAGAAACAAAGUCAAUCAAUAGCAAAUACUAAUACGAACACUAAUACUAAUAGUAAUAUUAAUACUACAAGCUGA